GUCUGAUCAACCACAUUGACUGAAAGGUCUUUGAAAAUGGAGUUCAAGAAGAUCACAAGACUAACAGUUUUUCUAUGUCUCUUCUCUGCUGUACUCUCUGUUAAUGUACAACAUGGAAAGAACUCUAGGUUUAAGAAAUCAGCGGAAAUGGAGGAAGCUCUGAUGCACCCCAAAAGGAUGUACAAACGAGCGUCUACACCACAAAGGGACGCCGACAAAGGACCUCGUGUUGAAGAUGGUGACACUGGCAUCGGUGAGAUAUCCCAAUUUCUUGACGAAGGUUUUAUGCGACGUAUAGAACUGGACGAUUCAGAGAUGCACGAUCCGCCAAACAUCAAGAAAUCUUUACGACCACAAAAUGGAUAUGACCUAGAUGGGAUGCAUCGAAGGCCUCCAUCUACAUUACGAAAGGAUUCCUCGCCAAAAGGCGGCAAUGAUGAAAAUGUGGACGAUGACAUCGGUGAGAUCUCUCAAUUUCUUGACGAAGGUUUGAUGCGACGUAUAGAACUGGACGAUUCAGAGAUGCACGAUCAGCCAAACAUCAAGAAAUCUUCACGACCACAAAAUGCUGACGACCUAAAUGGAAUGCAUCCAAGGGCGAUACCCCAAAAGGAAUCCUUACCCAAAGGCGGUAAUGCUGAGAGUGGUAAUGCUGAUAUUUCCCAAAUUCUUGACGAAGAAUUCAUGCAGCGUAUGGAGCUGGAUGAUUCAGAGAUGCACGAUCCCUCAAACACCAAGAAAUCUUCAAGACCACAACGGGGAAUCGACGUAGCUGACAUGAAUCCGAAGCCUGGUGUACAUGGAGUUCAAACCGAAGACGAAAUUGUUGAAGAUCCGGCCAUCAGGGAUUCCGAUUUAUUUUCGCUGAUGGGAAAGGACAUAUUUCAGCAAAUUGCAUUUGAUGACAGCGUCAUGCACCAAGGCAAGACUGCAGAUCAAAAGUUCCACCCAUCUUCAAAGUCAGAACGUCCUCCAGAGGAAAUGGGCCAGCGUAUCAUGCAUCCUCACGGCGCCACUCGGAAGGACAACCCUGCCAAGGCGCCAUCCAAGGAAGACGUCUCAACAGAACUUGAUGAAGAUUUCCUGCGGCAAAUGGAACUUGAUGACAGCCGUGUUCACUCUGUCGAUGACCGUAUAGGGUGGGAAAAAUCUUCGUAUUACAAAGGCAAGGAUAAAAAGGCAAGUCUUCGAAUACAUCCGGAGAUGGCUCUUCAAAACCAUGACGUGGAUGACCAAGAUGCGGGUGACGAAAUCGACGUCGAUGAUUUACUCGGACGAGAUUUCAUGAAACGCAUGGAAUUCGACGACUCAUAUCUUCAUGAUUCUAAUCCACAUCUUCGGGAAGAUGUCGCUGGAAGGUUAGUCGAGGAGAGGAGUAGGUCUGGCAUUUCUCGUCGUCUACUGUCCCUUCAAGAGGAUGAGAUUAUGCCACAGAUGGCGAUGAAGAACGAAGGAAAGUUGAGCCAAAUAAAAGCUCGGCUAGGUUUUCCAAUUCAUGCAUCCUGUCGACUAAGCUGGAUGUUUGGUGUAAACUGUUCGACAGUUUCUAUGGAUCUUGUAAAUCAAAUCAAGAAGUGGUCAGGAUCAGAUAACUGUGAUCAAGGGGGAGAGAAAUGCCUCUACUCACUUGUCUCCGUAAACAGUACAAUUCUGCUAGCCAAACAUGAGACUCCAAAGCAACACUACGUAGAUGACCUCAGCUUCAAGUUUACACAAAAGGGAGCAAAUUGCGCAGUGCAUGGAUAUUCAACCUCAGAAACAUGGUAUGCCGUCCUGGACAAAGGAACAAACUAUUGCAAUCUUCACAACUUAAUCACAGGAAGUGGACUGGAUGAAACAAAGGGCUACAAAGAAAAUACUAAUGACGGCGAGUGUACCCAAUAUUCUUCUUCAGAUUGUGACGUUUAUUGAUACAAUGGCUAGGUUUUGUCAGGUCAAUAGCUUCCAGGAGAACAAUCAUAUUUAGAGAAUUAUAAUGCACUCAAAUUUAAUAAGAAAUCGAAUUAAAUGCUAGAUGCAAUCUCAUGUUGCUAAGUACUUCUCAUUACACAGCAUGCAUUUAUAAACAAAACCAUGUUUAUUCAUUGAUGAAUGUUUAAUCACUCACUUACUAUGCACAUGUAGAGUCAAGGGCCCGUAUUCUGAAGUCGGGUUUAACUUAAACUCAGGUUUAAAGUUGUGGUUUAAGUAUGGACAGCCAAUUG